AUGGUUUUAGGUGAUGAGAAAGGAUCUACAAUAGAAGCCACUUUAUUGGAAGAGUUGGAAUCAUCCAAGUUAAUCACGAUUGAUGAAGUUGAUUGGUUUGAAAUUCAGAAUUUCAGAGUGGUCCAUGCUUCAAAUCUGUAUGGAGCUUUGGUCGGUGUAGGUGAUUUGGAGAUAUACCAAGAAGAAAUGGUUGAUGGGAUUCCUGGUGGCCUAAACCAUAGAAUGGAAUUCUCUUUGAUCAACAUCGAGUUUGUUCGAGUUAAGUGUGUUGCCUGUGGAAAUAUGGCCUUGCAGCUAUAUCAUUACGGGAACUCUACUGUUGCUACUGUUAUAUUAUGUGUUUUGAAGUUUUGGCGCAUUGAAUGGAGAGAAG